CGCUCCGGAGCACCCGGUUGGCCAGGCCCGAGUGGGCCCGAGGCGGACGUGAGCGCGGCCGGACCAAGAUGGCGGUGCAGGUGGUACAGGCGGUGCAGGCGGUUCAUCUGGAGUCGGAUGCUUUCCUGGUUUGUCUCAACCAUGCUCUGAGCACAGAGAAGGAGGAGGUGAUGGGGCUGUGCAUAGGGGAGUUGAAUGAUGACACAAGGAGUGACUCCAAAUUUACAUAUACCGGAACUGAAUUGCGCACAGUUCCUGAAAAGGUUGACACCGUCAGAAUUGUUCACAUUCAUUCUGUCAUCAUCUUGCGACGUUCUGAUAAGAGGAAGGAUCGAGUGGAAAUUUCUCCAGAGCAGCUGUCUGCAGCCUCAACAGAGGCAGAGAGGUUGGCUGAACUAACAGGUCGCCCCAUGAGAGUUGUGGGCUGGUAUCAUUCCCAUCCUCAUAUAACUGUUUGGCCUUCACAUGUUGAUGUUCGCACACAAGCUAUGUACCAGAUGAUGGAUCAAGGCUUUGUAGGACUUAUUUUUUCCUGCUUCAUAGAAGAUAAAAACACAAAGACUGGCCGGGUACUCUACACUUGCUUUCAAUCCAUACAGGCCCAAAAGAGCUCAGAGUCCCCUCAUGGUCCACGAGACUUCUGGAGUUCCAGCCAGCACAUCUCCAUUGAGGGCCAGAAGGAAGAGGAAAGGUAUGAGAGGAUUGAAAUCCCAAUCCAUAUUGUGCCUCAUGUGACCAUUGGGAAAGUAUGCCUUGAAUCAGCAGUCGAGCUGCCCAAGAUCCUGUGCCAAGAGGAGCAGGACGCAUAUAGGAGGAUCCACAGCCUUACGCAUCUGGACUCAGUAACCAAGAUCCAUAACGGCUCAGUGUUCACCAAGAACCUGUGCAGCCAGAUGUCUGCAGUCAGUGGGCCUCUCCUGCAGUGGCUGGAGGACAGACUGGAGCAAAACCAACAGCAUUUGCAGGAGUUGCAACAAGAAAAGGAAGAGCUUUUGCAAGAACUGUCUUCUCUAGAAUAAACCAGGAGACCAAUGGGGAAAAAUGAAAUUAUCCAGGUAUAAAAUUAAUUAAGCUAAAUCAGUUUUGAAGAAGUUGGAAGACUCACAUUACCUGACUUGCAGACUUACUAUAAAGCUACAGUAAUCAAGACAGUGUGGUAUAUGUGCAACUGAUUUCGACAAACGUGUAAAAGCAAUUCAAUGGAGUGAGGAUAAAUAGUCUUUUCAACAAGCUAUGCUGGAGCGAUUUACACCCAUAGGCAAAAAAAUGAACUUUGACCUAAGCUGCACACCUUAGACAGAAAUUAAUUCAAAAAAUAUCAUGGAUUUAGAUAAAAGAUGUAGAACUAGAAAUCUUUUAGGGAAAAAACAAUCAGAGAAAAAUCAUGAGUUCUUGGCCUCCACCACAAAAGCACAGUCCUAAAAGGAAAGAACUGCUACACUGGACUUCAUCAAAAUGAAACACUUUUGCUCUGUAAAAAAUUUAAGAGGCGGAAAUUAUUGAAGGAAAUUAUUUGCAAACAAUAUAUCUAAUCAAUCUAGACUAUAUAAAAUCAACAAUAAAAAACCAUCCAUUUAGAAAGUGAGCAAAAGACACGAAUAGACAUUUCACUAAAGAGGACACGUGGGUGGCAGGUAAGCACACGAAGAGAUCUUCAACUUCAUUAGUCAUGAGGGAAUGCAAAUUAAAACCACAAUGAAUUACAAUUACACAUUUAUCAGAAUGGCUGAAGAAGAAAUAGUAAAAAUACCAGAUGCUGUUGAGCAUACAAACCAGAUAUCUCAUACAGUACUUGUAGGAAUGUUAAAUGGUACAGCUUCCCUAGAAAAGAGUUUGGAAAUUUCUAACAAAGUUAAACACACAUGUGUCAUACAGCCCAGCAAUUGCACUCCUGGACAUUCAUCCCCCAGAAGUGAGACCCUGUGUUGGCACAAAAACUCGUACACCAAUGUUCUUAGCAGCUUUAUUUAACAGCUAAAAACUGGAGACAACCCAGCUGUCUUGCAACUGAGUGAGUGAUUAAAGCAAGCACCUGUACCAUGGAAUACUGCCCUGCAAUUGAAGAAAAACAGACGACUAUUGAUCUACACAACUUGGGUGGACCUCAAGGGUAUUACGAUGAAUGAAGAAGCCAGUUUGAAAAUGUCACAUACUCUGUGGCUGCAUUCUUGAAAUGACAAAACUAUAGAAAUGAGGAACAGAUUCACGUUUGCCAGGGUAGGGACUGGAGGAAGUAUGAGAUACGUGCGACUGUAAAGGGAUCAACAUAGGGAGUUCCUUUGUGCCGAUGAAAUAAUUCUGUAUCUUAAUUAUGGUGUUGAUUACAUUAUUCGUGCUAAAACUACAUAGACCCACAAAUGAAUGCAUGUAAACUCUGAUGAAACCAAAUAAGGUCUAUAGUUUCGUUAGCAGUAUUGUACCAUCAUCAAUAAUGCUUGUUUUGAAGUUGUACUAAUCAUGUAAGAUCUUAACCACUGGAGGAAACUGGGUGAAGGGUACAUGGGAUGCACUGUACUAUUUUUACAAUUUCCUGUAAAUCUAUAGUUAUUACAAAAUAAAAAGUUAGAAGUAUUAAA